AUGCAUUCGUCUACUCUUCUGCUUACACUAGCGGUUCUUCUCUGUGCCACUAGCAUCGAUGGCGUUCAAGAUAAUUCGGGUCUGGCUGAAAUGCUAAAAACCAUUGAUCAAACAUGCAAUAAUAUUCAUGGUCUUCUUACGCAUCAAAGAAAAAUUAUUAACAUUCAAGUUACUAAACAGGCUCCAGUUCGAGUAAAAGUUGAAAUGGAAUUAACAUCACAAUAUUCACCGACAUUGAAACAACGCUUUAGUGUUGAAGGAAUGGUUUGCCAUCAUGGUUUCGAUCGAAAUGCAGCACAAGCAGCUUGCCGUUCUCAGAAGAAAAACUUACAAAUGUUUUCAAACAAUUACUACUGGGAACCAUCACCAAACGAUCUUCAUGAUAAAUGUUACUUCGAAUACAACAACGACCCUUUGAUAGUUCCAUGCCAUUUUGUUUUGGAUAAUUUCAAUUGUACAAGUGAUGCAACGAGCCUCAAUGAUUGUACGCACACACCACUAUUUCAACAUCAUUGUACAACUGACAUGCAUGUCGGUAUUGGAUGUUCAUAA